UUUGACAAAAUAAUGUCCUAUAAGAUCAAAAGAUCUCUCUACUGGUUUCUAAAACAAAAGAUCUUAUUUCCGGUUCCGCCCAAAAUGAAAGUAAAACGAUGAACACUGAGAAAAAUGAAAAUGUAACCGGGACGUUAUUUGAUUGUCCGAUCUGCUUAGAGAGAUAUAGGAUCCCGAAAUCUUUACCAUGUCUUCACACGUUUUGUAAACAAUGUAUACAAUCUUAUAUCGAAAAAUUUAAUGUGAGAAAAUCAACUGAUGGUGAGAAUUUUGCUCACUUUAUUGAGUGCCCGGUUUGUCGCAGAAAAGCUGUUGCCUCAGAACAUAUUAAGACACCCGAAGACUGGGUUAAUGAAUUACCGUUGAAUUAUAUUUUGGUUUCCCUACAGGGUGAUCAAAAUAAUCCAGACAAUGUUCAAAGUGUAUUGUGUGAGCCAUGCAAACGCGUUAGUGAAAGAAAAAGAGCAGUGUUUUACUGCAGCAACUGUGAUGACAGACUUUGUGAAUCAUGCUACACAUAUCUUCACAGGCGCAUUCCGCAGUAUGUUGAUCACAAUGUCGCAUAUAUUUCCAAAGAGAAAUGGUGUGUUUCAUUUGACAUUAAGCAUUGCUCAAUUCAUGAACACAGUGAACUAAAAUAUUAUUGUGCGGAUCAUAAAGAAUUAGCUUGCAGUAAAUGUUAUGAUUCAUUUCAUUGUGCAUGUGAGCAUGUGAAAUCAAUUGAUGAAGUUGCAGAUAAUGUGGAGGGGUGUUUUAGUCACAUUUUUAGGUCAAUUAAAAAGAAGACGGAUUCUGAACUUCAAAACACAAUCAAGAACUUGCAGCAUCUGGAAAACAGUAGGACGAACAUACAGGAAAAAGUUAUCAAUUUCAUAAUAGACUUUAAAAGCAAGCUUGAUGAACUUCAUGACAAGUUUCUGAAAAAUUUUGAGAUGGUGCAUGACUAUGAAAUAUCUUGUGUUCAAAACAAACAGAGAUGUCUUGAAAAGUUUGUUGAGAUUCUGGAGAAGCAUGAGAUGAUGCUUGCCCAAGUUGAUAAAAAAGGCUCCCCUGUAGAUAAAUUUCUCACCGAGGAAAUGGUCAAGACAGAUGUAAUGAAAUAUCUCCAUGACUUGGAUGAGGAUGGAAAAUGUCAUGGUGAUACAACUUAUCAAUGGAAAGAAAAUUCAAUUUUGAAAAAUCUUUUGGACAUUGAAGAUAUUGGCAAUGUUCAGGUAAUUAAAAAAGAAAAUAUUGAUCUUGUUCCUGGUUUGAGGAAGGAUAUUGAAUUAUAUCAGACAAAAAUGAAUUCUCCUCAAGCCAAUACAUUGCAGAUUAAAAACCCAGAAUGUACACAAGUGGUUGCAAAUUAUGUAACAUCAUAUUGUGUCAAAUGUCAUGGAGAUGAAAAUAUUCCAUGGGUUACCAAUGGCAUGUUUUUGGAAAAUGGGUCACUCAUCAUUGUUGACAAGCACAACUCCUCGAUAAAAGAGAUAUCCUCCUCUGGAACCACAAAGGUCAUUUAUUCUAAAAAAUCUAGUGCUAUCAGAGGAAUAUGCACAACCAAUGCGGAUGAAAAGGCAUUUGUUUCUAUGGAUCACACCAUCUCUGAAUUUUCAGUCUCUCCACAUUUUAAAUAUGAGAGAGAUUUCCAAACAAAAAAUAUGGAAUUCUAUCAAAUUGCAUUUUCAAAGGAUUACAUAUUUGCUCACAUAGGAAAUCCUUGGUGUGUUAAAAUGAUUGAUAGGAACAAUGGAAGGAUAUUAAAAACUUUAAAUGGUAGCAAUUGUGGCUUUGGAUAUUUUGCACUUUCUCGUGAUGAAAAAAAAAUAAUUUACUCUAAAGCCAAUUCAGUUGUAUGUGAGGAUGUGUCAUCUGAAGAGGAAUUUUUCCAGUGUGCCGGAACUCAAACAGGAAUUGCACGAAAAGGUGCAAGAGGCAUUGGAGUAGAUUAUCAUGAUAAUAUUUAUGUGUGCAACUCAAAAGGAGGCUGCAUUGUCAUGAUUUCCAAAGAUGGACAUUUCGUCAAAAGUAUCCUUCCCGUCUUGAAUGAAAUCAAGCAACCAUAUGCUUUAUGUUUUGAUAAAUGUAGAAAAAAGUUUUUUGUGAGCUCUUACAUAGAAUCUCAUUGUAAAAUUGAAGUUUAUGAAGUACAACAACAGUAGAAAGAAAAAAAUGUAUUAUUUCUGAGAGGCUGAACCUUUCAAAAAACAAAAAAUGCUUCAGUCUUUCACAAUGUCAGUAACUAGUUUUAUACUAUCUGAGAAAAGAACAAUUGAAAGUUGUUUACAUGUAUAUAUUUAUAUGAAAUAUUACCAAAUAAAUUUUUGUUUUAAUAUG